AUUGGUGUAGCAAAGGCAGGGUAUAAAAUCAUGGAGCACAUUGACUACCUGUUUGCUAACGACAGUCAUCCAGAAUCCUGGAACCAGAAGAAAGUGGAGGAUUUCCAGAACAUAGUUUAUCGUUUAUGUAUUAUGGGGAGAAAGCACGAGCGACCCGUGGAUGAUCUUCCCACAACAGGAGAUGCUCUGAAAACCUACUUUGAUAAACUGGCCUCUCUCCUCAGAAACAAGGACUACAGUGUGUGCGCGUGGGAGGUGGUUCGAAAGGAGCUCCUGCUUGUUCUUAAACUCACGCUUAACCUGACAUCAUUCUGUAAAUUAUUCUGAGUAGUUGGUCGU